ACGAUACGAGUACCGACUCCGGCGUUCCAGAGUAUUUCAAAGCGCUUCCAACAAACAGUUUGAUUCGCGCUUCUUCCGGCGAAACAUCUUUUACUUUACAUUAUUUAUUUUCCUUGAAUAAUAAUAAUAACAGUAAAAAUCACGGACAUUAUUGAUUUCAUCAUUUUUGAGUUCUUAAUUUUAUGUGAGAAAUUUUUUUAUUUAAAUGUCAAAGUUUAAGUGAGAAGAAAUUUUUUAAAUUUGAGUUUUUUUGUAAAAAAAUAAAAAAAAAUGAAGAAGGAAAAAUAAUUUUGAAUGGAUAAAUUAAUUAUAAAAUAGAAAUAGUAUUUACUUGAAAAGAACAAUGCAAAUAGUGUACUAGAGCGUUGAUUAUUCUCAGUAAAUUACAAGAUACAGUUGAAGUGCGGGUGAAGCUCUCCAGAAUAUGGUCGACUGUUCAUCGGCGUAACUACUUGAUGUAAGCUGAUAAAUUUGCUGUUUGUUUUUUUUAGAGUUUGCCGAUGCUAUGUGUCACUGAAAUCUAUUUUAAAUAGCAAAGGACUUUGUGAUUGUUAUUAAAUUGGUUUUUGAAUUUAUUUUUGGUGAAAUGUUAAUUUUCUGAUGGUUUAUUUGGUUAAUAAAGUUCAGCGAUUUUUAGUUAAAGUUGUUUUAGUAAAAGAGACUCGUAACUAUAUUUUGAUUUUUUGAAAAAUUUUUAAAUUAUAAUUUAGAAAAAUUUGUAAAAACAUGGAGGAAAUUCCAUCUGUAAGCAAAACGCAUCAAGUAACAUCAACAUCGACAACAAUAUCAAAAAUAUAAAGAAAUACGAGACUCAAUAUGGCCUUCGAAUUCUGUGCAGCCAUGAGUAACUCGAGUUUUUCUUUGAUCAAUCAGGGACUCAAUGAAUUAUCAGAUGCUGUCUCCAACGAUUCAAUAUUUGAAGGACUCAAUGAAUUAUCAGAUGCUGUCUCCAACGAUUCCAUAUUUAAAGACUUCUACAUAAAAAACGGAUCUGGAUAUGACAGUUUCACUUGCGAGCCGUUUUUGACGUCAGGCAGCGUUCUCCAGGCAGAAUGGUUCAAAAAUACUGCGUACUUUCUCUACGGAAUUAUAUUCGUAGUCGCUUUGGUGGGAAAUGCCUUGGUGUGUUACGUCGUUUGGAGCAUUCCUCGGAUGAGAACGGUCACCAAUUACUUCAUUGUCAACUUGGCGGUCAGUGAUAUCCUGAUGACGUUAUUUUGCGUACCAACUAGCUUCUUGAGCACCCUAAUUCUUCAAUAUUGGCCAUUUGGCGCGGAAUUGUGUCCAAUUGUCAAUUACGCUCAGGCAGCAUCAGUAUUGGUAAGCGCUUAUACCCUUAUCGCUAUCAGCAUAGACCGUUACAUGGCAAUAAUGUGGCCCCUUAAGGUCCGGAUGAGUAAAAGCCAGGCGAAACUAUCGAUUCUUGCGGUCUGGGUGGCGGCAUUGACGAUUUCAUCCCCGAUCGCGAUGGUAUCCUGCCUGUUUCAACCCAAUCCAAGGUACACCAUGUGCAAUCGAUACGUUUGUCAGGAAAUAUGGCCGUCGGAUCACCAGCAGUAUUACUACUCAAUCGCACUGCUGAUUUUGCAAUAUUUUGUCCCAUUGGUCGUUUUGAUGUUCACUUACACGAGCAUCGGAAUCAGAGUCUGGGGCAAAAGGCCGCCAGGUGAGGCCGAAAACGUCAGAGAUCAAAGGAUGGCCAGGUCUAAGCGCAAGGUGAUCAAAAUGAUGAUGACAGUAGUCCUGGUCUUCACAAUAUGCUGGUUACCUUUCAAUGUUCUUAUGUUAUUCAUGGACCCUAACUCUGAAUUCGUGGCCUGGAAAGGAUUACCAUACGCCUGGGCGACCCUUCACUGGCUAGCAAUGUCACAUUCUUGUUACAACCCUGUGAUAUAUUGUUGGAUGAAUGCCAGGUUUAGAUCAGGCUUCAUAACAGCACUUAGUAGAAUACCAGGAUUACGAAGGUAUUUUAAUGAUUCACGUAUUAAUACCCAUCAUCAUAGUGAUAUUCCUGGUAUGGCAAUGACAGGAGUCGACAGUGCAAAUAAUUCAGGAUUGAAGCGCAUAAAUACGUGCACGACUUACGUGAGUGUACGAAGAAAAGGCGGAUCUACUUACGGAAUGCCUGCAAGAAGCGCGAGCUUUCGAUACGGUGAUUUAAAGCCUGCGAAUAAUCAAUCACAACGACAUUUUAAGAAGCUCGAGUGCCAGCAAGAAGAAUCUAUUUAAUUGGAUUAAAUUAGAAACAGCUAUUAAGUUUUAUAAAACUUUUCUUCUUUAAGAAAAAUUAUAUCUGUUAAUUAAUUACAAAGUUUAUUGAAAGCAAUUGAUUGCUUUUAUUUUUUAAUAAGUAAACUAAUUAAUUGUUUGUUUAUAAUUGUGGUGUGAAAUAACGAAAAUUUAUUAAAAAACUUUACUAAUAUUUUAGAAAGUUUUGAUGGAUGUUUAAUUAGAUCUUGAGUGAAGAGAACAAUUGCACAUAUAAUUUUGAAGUAAUUAAAAUAUUUUUUACAUUACGGAACGUUGAAUAUUGCACCAUAAUCUCAAAAUGUACACGAUGUUAUGUAAUGAAUGCUCGGAAAACCAUCUGAUCAUAAGAUGGCGCUAGGUCAUCAUAAAAUGGCACUUAGUCUGCGCAUGCCCACACACGCGCGCGAGAAAUUCUAGUCACUAGGCGGACUCUUUUUGCAUUUAUUACAUUUAAUUAAUAGAGAUUGCUCAGUUAAUAAUAAUAAACAAU